CUCUUUGGCAUUCAAUUCUCUCUCACUUGUUUUCCUCUCAUCAAAUCCCUUCUCCUUCAUUUACUACUACUCCACACAACCGACUCAAACCCCUCUUUCUCUCUCUACACUUUUAUACACACUACUUUUGGAUGUACAUACAUAUGUGUGUAUGUAUCGAUUUUGGUGGUCUUGGAAUAUUUCUCUAUAAAGUCAGGAGAAAUGGGUAGGCAGACUCCAUCAGUUUCAGAGGAAUUGUGAGAGAGAAACAAGAGAGAGAAAGAAAGAAUGGAUUCAGGUGGAAUGAGUGAUGAUGAGCAUGGUGGUGUACAUGUAAAGAGCAGUAUUUCUGAGAAAGAAAAGAAGGUGUUUGAAUACCCUCUCAUGGCGUCAGGCAGCAAUAACAACAACAAUGAUCAUCAUCAUCAUCAUCAUCAUCAUCACAUGAUCACUAGUACUACUGAAAUAGCUUUGCAGCAACAACAUCAUCACCAUCAGAUGGACCACAUGAUCAGCCCAUUUCAUCAUCAGACGUCCACAUCGACCUUCCCCAUGAUGCAAUCAUCCCCCUCGUCAUCCUCAGCACCCCUUCCUGGAACUUUCAAUAUAAGCAAAGAUGGCACCGCUUACGACUUGGGCGAAUUGGAUCAAGCUCUUUUCCUCUACCUCGACGGCCAAGAUCAUCACUCAGCUCAAGAACAACGACAGGGUUCUGGGGUGAGGCCACACACACUCAACAUUUUCCCUUCUCAGCCCAUGCAUGUAGAGCCAUCCGCAGCAGCAGCAGCCCCAAAGGGAAGUAGUAGUAGUACUGGAUUAGUUUCUCCCUCAGCCAGUGGUUCCCAGCAGAGAUCAUCUCAGCCAUCCAUGCCCUCAUCUAACCCUAGAAAUGAUGUUGCUUCUGCUCCCGAAACAACCAAAGUGGUUAAGCGUGAGGGCAACCGCAAAGGGCCUACCUCAAGUUCAGAACAAGGAUCAAAAACACCUGACCCAAAGACACUGAGGAGGCUUGCUCAGAAUAGAGAGGCAGCUAGGAAAAGCAGGCUUAGGAAGAAGGCUUAUGUUCAGCAGCUUGAGACAUGUCGGAUGAGGCUUACCCAGCUAGAACAAGAAAUACAAAGAGCUAGAUCCCAAGGAUUUCACUUGGGAGGAUCUGCACUUUUAGCAGGGGAACAAGGCCUUCAAGUUGCAAUGGGCAACGGAAAUUCCGAUGCUGCUAAUUUGUUUGACAUGGAGUAUGCUCGGUGGUUGGAGGAGCACCACCGCUUGAUGGCGGAGCUGCGCCAUGCAAUGGAGGACCAUUUGUCGGAAAACGAGCUACGAGUCUUGGUGGACAGCUGCUUGGCACUCUAUGACCAAGUGAUGAACCUCAAGAACAUGAUCGCCAAAUCCGAUGUUUUCCACCUCUUGUCCGGCAUGUGGAAGACUCCGGCCGAGCGCUGCUUCAUGUGGAUCGGCGGUUUCCGCCCAUCUGAGCUCAUUAAGGUAAUAGUGACCCAAAUAGAGCCAUUGACAGAGCAACAAGUUGUGGGAGUAUGUGGGUUGCAGCAGUCAACAAGGGAAGCUGAAGAAGCCCUCUCUCAGGGUCUGGAAGCUCUGAAUCAGUCACUUACCCACACCAUCACCUCUGAUUCACUCAUUAUCCCACCAAACAUGAAUACCUACAUGGCUCAGAUGGCUCUAGCCAUCAACAAACUCUCCACCCUUGAAGGUUUUCUUCACCAGGCUGACAAUCUGAGGCAGCAAACGCUUCACCGGCUGGAUCAGAUCCUGACGACCCGGCAGGCGGCGCGGUGUUUCCUGGCCAUCGGAGAGUACUUCCACCGCCUCCGUGCUCUCAGCUCCCUGUGGGUGGCGCGGCCCCGCCAGGAGUAAUGGACAAUGGAGUAGAAGACGACGAAACCCUAUCUAUAGCUAUAGCUACUCUUUUCCUUCUUUUAGUUUUUAUUUUCUAAAGAGUAUUUAUAUAUAGCUAAUUAAUUUGCUAUCGUUUAUGUAUAUAUUUUUUUGUAAUUGUCUGUGUUUUCUUUUUUUUUUUUUUUCCUUUUUUUGGUGAAG